CAGGUGGAGCGGGUACUCGCACAAGCGGACUCCUGGCAGUUUGACUCUUGGCGACUUCGCGACAUCACACACGGCCACCCGCUCUCGGCACUGGGAUUCUACCUCAUACAAAGAGCCGGGUUAAUUGAGCGGUUAAACCUGAGGCCGGCGGCGCUUGCAAGGCUGCUUCGCCACAUCGAGGCGGGCUACAACGACAACCCCUACCACAAUGCCACCCACGCCGCGGACGUGCUCCAAACCCUGCACGUCACCAUCCACGGUGCGCAGCUGCACGUGCACUACCUCGACCAGCUGGGGCUGCUGGCGGCGUACUUUGCGGCGAUCGUUCACGACUACGGGCACCCGGGCCUCACAAACGACUUCCUGGUGGCCACAUCGGACCCGCUGGCGGUCAGGUACAACGACAAAUCACCGCUGGAAAACCACCACGCCGCGGCGGCGUUCGGGCUGCUGCAGCGACCUGAGCUGGAUGUCCUGACGCCGCUGAGCAAGUCGGAGAGGGCCGCGUUCAGGAAGCAGGUAAUCGAGAUGGUGCUGGCAACGGAUGUCAAGCAGCAUUUUGCGCUGCUGAGCCAAUUUAACAACACACAUCGCCUCGCCAGCUUCCACAUGGCUCCGAAACCUGUUGACGACAUGGAGCGGCUCCUCACACUGCAGCUGGCCAUCAAGGCUGCGGAUCUGGGUCACCUGGGGGAGGAGCUGGAGGUGCACCAGAGGUGGCUGUCUAGCUUGGAGGAGGAGUUUUUCCGUCAGGGCGACAAGGAGCGGCAGCUGGGCCUCCCCAUCAGCCCCCUGUUUGACCGGGGCAAGCAGGGCGUCAGUAAGAGCCAAGUCGGGUUCUACGACUUCGUAGCGCUGCCGCUGCUGCACGCGCUGUGCAGCGCAUUCCCGGGAACUCAGCCGCUCAUGACCUGCUUCAUGGGCAAUUACCAUUACUGGAAGAGCGUUGAAGGCAAUGCGACCACUCUCGCGCAGAAGCGUGCGAGCGUAUCUAUCAGGCCUGAGGGAUCUGCCUCGCAGCUUCCAGAUUUGGACAGGGAAGGAAAACAUAAAUCCUAA